AUGGGUUCUCAUGGUUCUCCCUUUAGAAUAGCCAUCGUCGGCGGCGGCAUUGGCGGCUUGUGUGCUGCUCUAUCACUGCAUCAUCACUGUGCUAGCGAAGGCAUCCAAAUUGAUGUCUACGAGCAAGCACCACAGUACAAAGAAAUUGGUGCCGGUAUUGGCAUUGGGGUCAAUGCCGCAAGAUUGCUCCAUUCUAUCGGGAUUGGAGACGCUGUAAAUGGUAUCGCCGGAAAUCGACAGGGUAUCUGGAUAUCUUUUCGGCGGUACGAUAACGGAGCAGACAUCGUGACUGUACCGGUCAAUGAUCAGCUGAAGAUUCGCCAAUGUCCUGUCCAUCGGGCUGAAUUCUUGGAUCUUCUGGUGGACACCAUCAAAGCUCGAGGAGCUGCAAUUCUGCACACCAACAAGUCUUGCAUCAACAUUACCGACGAAGGGGAGACUGUCAGCUUGAAUUUCCGAGACGGUAGCACUGCUACCGCUGAUUUGGUGAUUGGUUGUGACGGGAUACAUUCAAAUCUUCGAGCUCAGUUCAGUACGGACAACCCUCGUUACGGAGGGAGAAUCGCAUACCGGGGGCUGGUCCCUAUAAGCAAGCUGAAAGCGAACUGGCCAUUUCAGACUUACUCGGUCAGCUGGCUGGGUAAAGACAAGCAUUUCUUGGUGUUCCCCAUCAGUAACAACAGGAUUUUGAAUAUUGUCGCCUUUGUUGCAAGAGAAGAAAAGGAGUUAGGCGGCCUGAAGGAGAGCUGGACCGCCACUGGGAAUAAGAGUGAUCUGGCAAAGGACUUUCAGGACUUUGAAAAAACUGUCCAGGAUAUUAUUUCCCAUAUGACUGAACAUCCUUCGCUAUGGGUCAUGAAUGACAGGGAACCGUUGCCGCAAUGGGUAUUUGCUCGGGGUAAGGUUGUGCUGAUGGGUGACGCCGCUCAUGCGAUGCUUCCUCAUCAAGGCGCAGGAGCAGGACAAGCCAUUGAAGAUGGGUAUAUCCUCGGCCGUGCACUGCAAGACUAUCUCCGUUCCCGCAACAAAAAGGGUGAGGAUCUCGAAAAAUGGACACAAUUGUAUCAGAAUGUCCGCCUUCCGCGAGCGCAAAGGGCUCAAGCCACUGCUCGGCAAGCAGGUGAGGUGUAUGAAAUGCAGACAGAGGAAAUGCUGGGGAAGUCGUACGAGGAGUGUCUGCCUAUAGUCCGCGAGAACCUGAAGUCCCGGAUGAAUUGGGUUUGGACAGAAGACAUCGACGUGGGAUACGAGAAGGCGAGGACAGAGAUGAAUAGUACGUAA